AUGUCUCUCCGCAAAGCGUGGGGAACUUCACUGAACUCCCCAUCAACAUCCGAGGUCAAACAGUCAAAACUGUCCGUAGUCAAGGAGGAGACAAGAGUACUUCCUGAGCUGAAGGAGAAAAAAGUCUUGGUGGACCAUCUCAAACCCCUUCCUUCUUCCCUUCCAAAUGAAUUCAUCCCCGAGGAAGUUCUUCUCUCUCUGAACUAUGCAGCCAAUGCUGGUCCAUGUCCCGCAAACUUAUUGCCUGCUAAGAAACUUAAAGCUCCAAAGGGUGCUCUUCCACGUCUUGUAGACCAUGUCUGGCAGCACCCUGUUCGAAGGAAUAAAUUCAAAUAUCUGAUUGAUCAUCCUGUCUCCGUAACAGCAGCUGGAAGGGACAUUUCGUUUCUGUAUGAUGUUAAAUAUGAAAAAGGAGAGGCCAAGGAGAAGAAACUGUGUCCCCCAGGUAUAAACAAGUCACUAGAGCCCGAGGACAGUGCCAUGGUGCCUCAUAACCAGAAGACAUUAGUAGACACUUUGAUUCCUGAAGAAUUUCAUAUUGUGUCAAAUACAGGAGUUUCGGGUUUGGAGUGUUAUGAUGACAAAUAUACCACCCUCCUCACAGACAGUGAGAACAGACUGUUGCUCUUCCCGUCCAUGAAACCUAAUAAGAGAGUAGAAGUGAUCCGGCUGGGUGAUGUGAUGGACACCAUGCUGGAGAGGGCUGGAGUAGAGAAUGAGGAGUAUGUGGGACCAACCAAGAUGCACAAACUACUAAAUGUGCUGAAAAAGGAGCAGACCAUUUACAACACAGUAUUUCAUGAACUGAUUCGUCAAGUCAGCGUGGAUUGUGUAGAUAGAGGAGAGCUACUGUCACGAAUCAGAGAGAGGUAUGUGCAAAUGCUUGACCAAAUUGCCCGGCAGAUGAUUGAAUUCUACAAAGACUUCGUAACUCAGCGGAUGAUGGACCAGCGCAUCUUACAAGAACUGUAUAACUUCAAGAAUGUGAUUGAGGAGUUGACCAGGGAACUUUGUCUGGUUCGGGCCCAUGACAGAAAAUUAACAAAGGAUGCAGAGAAAGCCCAGAAGGAUCUGGCAGAAGCUCUUUUGGAAGCAGAAAAGAAUGCAAAAAUAGUAGAAGACUACCAUGACUUAUAUACACUACAGAGAGGACGGAUGGAGAAUGAUAUUAAACUCUUAAUGACAGAAAGAGACAUUUGGAGCUCAGCCACAUAUGAAUUGGCCCUAAAGGUAAUUGAAAGAAAUAGAGUCAUACUGGCUAAAAAACUCUACCUCAAUGAAAAAGGCUGGAAUAAAUAUAUCAAGCAUUUUAUUAUAAUGCUGUCAACCAAGGACACUGCAGACCUUGCAGUCCUGCAGAAGUUAACAGAAAAAUGGAAAAGUUUAGCGAACAAAUUUAAGCAGGAUGUGGAGCGCACGGAGGCUUCUACAAAGGACAGAGCGCAAACUGUGAAAACCGGGCUCCUCAGGUGGCAGCAGUUCUUCAAAAACAACGUUGGAAAAGAGAUUGUAAGCCCUAAUAAGGGGAACCCGUUCGCUGCCGUCCUUCUCGACUUCAAGGAGUUUCAAAAGAUGCUGAAUGAGGAGAAAGACAAUUUUACAGGGGAUUUUCUGUUGGCCAAAUAUGACUCUCUCAAGGUGAUCAAACGCUUACAGGAAAACUGGACAGACAUUGGGUUUGGGAUAUUUAGUCGCCAUAAGAACAUGGAUGGGGUGUUACCCCCAGAGUACGAGUACAUGGAGGAAAUGCUAAAAACCAUAGGCAGACUCUACAAGGAGUACGAAAUAAGGAUAAAUGGUGACAACGGUAUCUCCAAAGUUCUUCCAAACUUGAUUACUUCUAUGGACAUAUGUUUUUUCAAGUUAGAAAACUUCCUAGAGUCUACUAGUAUUCCCCCCGAAGACUGGGAUGAACUUGAUGAGAGAAUCAAUGAAAUGAAGUAUCAGUUGGACACAUUGUUAAACAUUAUUGGUACCGUUCCACAAUACCUGGAUAUGGAUUCUGGCGCGACACUCCAAAGCCAUAUAUUUGGCAUGAUUCGACAAUGGCUUUUGAAGAUAGGCAAUGAAAUCACCAAUGGUAACAUUGAACUUCUUCGACACAUGGAUGAAUUGCACAUAGCCAUGAUCAAGUGGAUGGUCAACUUGCUGACCAUAAUGAUCCCUGACUAUACUAACGAAGAGACUCUCCCAAAGCUGGAGGAGGAAGAACUACAGAGGAGGGAGGAACGAGAAGUGGAAGUCGCAGAAUUAGAGUUGAAUGCAAUUUCACUGGCCAAGAAGUUGGCACAGUACUCCUGCUACUUGCACAGCUGCUGCAUAGGCAUGGUAAGAGCAAUGGCCCUGAGUCGAGCUGCUCACUUAAAAAAGAACCCUGCUAAGGAACUUCAGGAGCUGGAGAAGAUGAGGAGAGAAUGUUACGAUUGGAUCAGCACAUGUUCGCACCUCCUUUCUAAUAUCAAAGGCAGGAAAAUGAAAUUACUGACAUAUGAGGAAGCAGAGCAGCUGCUUGGGGAAGAGGAAGCUACGAAAAUUUAUUUUGACCCAGAAAAGCCAUUUAUUGGUAAUGAUGAAGACGAAAUUGAGAUUCAGGAGGAUAAAAUUCAAGAAAAGGAAGAGGCGGAAGCGAAGGAAGAGGAACCAUCAACAUCUACAGACAAAAAACAAACCAUUCGAUACAUUGGGAAAGAUGAAAACGUUCAUUCCAAACCUCUGUUUGAAGAAGAUAUAUUUUCAUCCUGGAGAGAACCAGCUUACAAAGGUGUAUUGGAGCCAAAGUAUCUUGAAGUAAUGGCUGUCAUUGAACACAUGCAGGAGAAGCUUUUACAGAUUGACAGCAGAGCCAGACAGGCGGAGGAGAAGUUUGAUGAUGUAAAUGAGAAACUUCAUCACACCCUCAUAAGAAACAGAGAUCUGGAGAAGGAAUUAGAAGAAAUGGCCAAGAAAAUCAGGAAGGAUUCACGUGUAAGAAUAGAAAGCCCCAAGGAGGAGGAAGAGGAGGAGGAGGAAGAGGAAGAAGAAUCUGAA